AUGAAGACCAGAUCAGCACCGGCUUCAAAGGCCAAUGUCUCCGAUGAAUCUGAACAAAAAUCAAAAUCCUUGGUCGCCGCGGAAAAGCCAAGCAAAACUUUUAUCCUCCCGUCCGGGGCAAGCGACAAUGCGCGACUCCUCUUGCUCCCGCAACCCCAAUCGGGGGAGCUAGGUCGCUACUUUUUCUGUCCGGAUCGCGGCGUAUACGAAUUCACUGUUGUCGCGCCCCCUGCGCACUCGGCGCGCAGCAUACUCUUCACCCACACGUCAGGCGAGGCCCCCUCGGAGGGCGAGGCAAGUACGAAGCCAUCUCUGCAAGGAUCAAUCACCAAGAAGGCAGAGCUACUGGUCGCAACACCCAUUGAUGUUAUGUUCUUCAUGGUGUCCUUGCUGGCACCCUCUUCGAAGGCAGGACCCGCUCUUUUCCAGCCAUUGGACGAUAUAAUCGACUCUCACGACGACAUGCCAAAGCACAUGCGCCAAGUCCUCUAUGAUGAAAAAUUCACGAGCUCUCUGUUACCGCGUGUUGAAGCUAUCUGCGAUGUCGUCGAAGCCGGCGACGAGAAGAUGUUCCGAUUCAGCGAGAUGAAGCUCGUUAAGGAAUUGGUCGCCAAGGCAGAGCGCAUGGCAGACCGAGGACUCCCUGCCAGUUUGGAGGAACGGUUCAUCCGCCAGGCCCUGGCUACCCCCCUGAUGGCGGUCAAACGCCAAGAUGUGGUCACUACCCAAGAACCGUCUGAGACUGAAUCCGGAGCCAAGUCAGAGGGGCCAGAUUCUCCGUCAACAGUGGCAACGGCUGCUACUCCCUCAAUUUCAACACCUGCAGGGGAAUCUACACCAGCCCCACAGCCGGACACUGAAGAUCCAUCAUUGAAACAUGUCACACGGUUGCUCCAGAUCUCCACGGCCCUCUCUUUUAUGAAGGAAUCGUAUCUGCCGGCCGCAACAGCAUUGCGGUUAGAGGAAAUAAUAGCGUCCGCAGAGAGCCCUCUUGACUUUAAUCCGCUGAAGGACCGACUCAAGGAAAUCGCAGAGCUUCGCGCCCAAGCUCUCGCCUCGCGUGACAUGUCCAACUUCACAAAGAAACGCAGCCUCGAUGACGAAGAAGAGGACACGAGAGCCGAGAAGAAGCGCCGUAAGGACGAGGAAGAGAAGAAGGCUAAAGCAGCCGAGUCUCAAGGAGUUAAGAACCUAAAGAAGGUCAACACUAGUGGCAUGGCGAAGAUGAGCUCUUUCUUCGCCAAGGCCCCUCCCAAGAAAAAGGCUUGA